AUGGUUUUAGGUUUUCAUGAUGAGUUUCAAUUUGAGAGUAAUAUAAAAUUGGAAAAUCAUAUUAAUAAUGAAAUUGACGAUAAAAGAAAUAUUACCGUGUAUGCUAAUGAUUUAGUAAAUACUGAUUGGGAUUAUUUAAGUUUAUCAAAUCAAGGUAUACAGGUACAAGAGCAGAAUCAAGAGGUAAAUACUAGUCCAUCAAUUUCAAAUCAUACUUUGCAACUGUUUAGACCCUCAUUUUCAUCAGAAUAUGAAACAGAUACAACUGAUUUUUUAGAUUUUGUGAAUAAUCAAAUCAAUAAUCAGAAUUAUGAUACACAUCAGACUAAUGAGAAUAAUCAACAAAUGACAUAUAAUGAACCUAACUACUUUUUGGAUCAUGUAUUUGGUAGCAAGGAAAAUUUACAUGACAAAAUUGUUGCAAAAGAUUGCAAAAAUGAGUUGAGCUAUAACAACAUUUUUAAUGAACCAGAACAACACACAACAUCCAUUUUCAAAUCACAAUAUACAGAUAAUGACUUACUAAUGAUUCAUAAUGAUUUAAAUGAAACUGAUUUGCAAAUGGAUAAAUUUCAAUCUCAUUCAAUUGAUCCAUUAAAUAAUGCGAGUUUAGACGACGCUGAUGAUUAUAUAAUGCGUGAACCAUCAACCACAUCUACAUCAAAUACAAUGUGUACUACAUGUACAACAUUGGCAUCAAGUAAUACAAUUAAUACAACUACUUCAUCCUCAGUUUUGCUGUUUUUUUCACCAUCCCAAAGUUCAGUUUUUUUAUCAGAUUCAGAAAAUUACAUAAUUACACCAAUUUACGAAUGGCCAAAUGAUGAAUCAACAGUAUCAUCAACAAAUGAUGCUUUAAAUUUAUUACACAAGAUGAAGGUUAAAAUUUCAGAAUUGAAUCCAUCAAAGAUUAGUGAAGCAGUUCGUAAAACAAUUCGUGAAGAAUUUAUAAUUCAAGAUUUAUUUUUAAAAGGCGAAAAUUUGCAACCACCAGAAAUUCCAAAAUCAAUACGUAAAAAAUCAGAUCGUGAUGUUGAAUGGACUCCAUUGAGCGUAUAUAAAGCAUAUACAAAUAUUAAAAGUCCAACAAAUUCAAAAGAAGCUUAUAAUAGAUUAGUUCCUUAUAGUUCAUGUAUUGGUACAUUAAAUUAUCGACCAAAAGAUCAUGCUGCUUGGAAAAGAUCUCCGAAUAGACGAAGGUAA